CACCAAAUCACUCACGCCAUAAUAAUCCAUCACUGCCAGACCACACACGCCCAAAUAUCCCACAACAUGUCUGGUAACAAACAAGCCGAGGCAACCGCUGAUGCGCUGCCUUCGUAUGACCAGACCACCGCUGCCAGAUCUGGGGGCGCCUCGACUCCGCAAAAGCAGCAGCCGACAAUCGAAUCACCAUUCAACUUCCCCACAGACGCGCCUCCCAGCUAUGCGCAAGCGAAACCAUUCGAGCAACCGGUGGCGCUGCCACAGGAGCGGCCAGACGCCAAAGCACCGUUCCUGUCGGCGUAUCCGCCGUCGCUGGAGAUGUACGGCAUCACAGCCGGCACCUGGCACGCCUUUGUCCACACCAUCAAUGGGUUUUUGACGGCGUCGGUGGGCGACAAGGCAGUCUCUCACGCGGCCGACAUGGCCCGCCACGUCGGCAAUGUGCCCAAGCAGUUCGGCCAGGCCACGGCCAGCCACGCGCGCACCGUGCGCCACGACAUUGCCGACAAGGCCCGCGCCGGCAACUACUUCGGUGCCGGGUUCGGCGUCAUCGGUGGUGCCAUCAGCCUGCCCGUCGGAACAGCCCUCCGCGCAGUCGGCGCCGUGGUUUCGCUACCGUUCGCCGCCAUCAACGCCGCCGCCUCCAAGCCCAAAACCCCCCGCGAGCGUGCCACUGCCUAUGUUGGCGCCGCCAAUAAGGACUGGUUCCAUCCACGACAGCUGCACGCCGGCAUUCUCGAUUCGUCAGAGGUCGCCCACCUGGUCCACGCUACACCCGAUGCCAUUGUCAGCGGCGCCAACGAAAAACGCGCCUCCGGCACCGCCGCCCAGAUGAGUGUCCUGGGCCAGUGGCUCGCGCCUGUCGUGGUAGGCGACGAUGCCGCCCAUGUUUCGCUCAACCUAACGACAAAUACCUUGUGGCUUGUCGUCACCCAUGGUAUUGAGCCGGUUACAGCGGGCGCGACCAAAAAGUAACGGUGCGACAAAACACCUG